GUCAACAUCAGCCCUCUGUCCUCUGUGGACAACAACUGAGCAAAGGUUGUUGCUGCAAGGCGGAGACAAUGCUCAGGACCCACCCACCGUCCAGGCUGCACCUCUCUGCUCGUCUCUUCCUGGAUUUGACUUCGUAUCUGUCUGGUUCUGAAAAUGAGCUACCCAGGAUACCCUCCUCAGUCUGGUGGAUACCCACCACAGGCAGGGGGUUACCCACCUCAGCCAGGAGCAUAUCCACCACAAGCAGGCGGAUACCCACCGGCAGCAGGCGGCUACCCACCGGCAGCAGGCGGCUACCCACCGGCAGCAGGAGGCUACCCACCGGCAGCAGGAGGCUACCCUCCGGCAGCAGGAGGCUACCCCCCACAGGCAGGCGGAUACCCACCCCAAGCAGGCGGUUACCCUCCAGCAGCAGGGGGCUACCCUCCCCAGGCAGGUGGCUACCCUGCCCCAGCUGGAGGCUUCCCUCCUCAGGCAGGAGGAUACCCACCACAGCCUGGAGCAGGAGGCCAUCCUUCCAUGCCUCCAGCAGGUGGAGGCUGGGGUGCAGCACCAGGUGGUUAUGGCACGCCAGGAGGAGCUCCGCAGGGAUACCCAGGAGGCCCUGCCCCAGGCCAGCCCAUGCCAAAUUACCCUGCUGCCCCCUCAACUAACCCCUCAACGCCUGGAUAUGGAAGUGGAGUUCCGUCCAACCCUCAGGCACCUGCUGUUUCUAAAGGGUACAGGGGAUCUAUUAAAGACUUUCCAGGGGCUGAUCCACUGAGGGAUGUUGAAGUUCUUCGAAAGGCUAUGAAAGGUUUUGGCACUGAUGAGAACGCCAUUAUUGAACUUCUGGGAAGUCGUAGCAACAAGCAGAGGGUUCCAAUGGUGACUGCCUACAAAACUACUUAUGGGAAGGAUUUAAUCCAUGAUCUUAAGUCUGAGCUCACUGGAAACUUUGAGAAACUGGUUCUUGCUAUGAUGAUGAGCCCUGCGCACUUUGACGCUGCUGAACUCAGAGAGGCUAUAAAGGGUGCAGGAACUGAUGAAGCCUGUCUGAUUGAGAUUCUUUCAUCACGCUCCAAUGCAGAGAUUCAUGAAAUCAGCAAAAUCUACAAAGGGGAGUACGGAAAGAGCCUGGAGGACGCCAUCAGCAGCGACACCUCUGGUCACUUCCGCAGACUCCUGGUUUCUCUCUGUCAGGGAAAUCGUGAUGAAAGGGAGACUGUUGACAUCUCUCUGGCCAAACAGGAUGCUCAGAAACUGUAUGCUGCUGGAGAAAAUAAAGUGGGAACUGAUGAGUCUCAGUUUAAUGCCAUCCUCUGUGCUCGCAGCAAGCCUCACCUUCGGGCAGUCUUCCAGGAGUACCAGCAGAUGUGUGGGAGAGACCUUGAGAAGAGUAUCUGCAGGGAAAUGUCUGGCAAUGUGGAGGACGGCAUGGUGGCUGUGGUGAAAUGCAUCAAGAACACCCCUGCCUACUUCGCUGAGAGGCUCCACAAGGCCAUGCAGGGUGCAGGGACCAAGGACAGAACCCUCAUCCGUAUCAUGGUGUCCCGCUCCGAGAUUGAUAUGUUGGACAUCAGACAGGAGUAUGUGAAGACCUAUGGAAAAUCCCUGUACACCCACAUCUCAGGUGAUACCUCUGGGGAUUACAAGAAGCUGCUGUUGAAGCUGUGUGGGGGUAAUGACUAAAGAGAAAAGAAGAUAACCUAUAUAUAUGUCCACACUGAACCAGUGUCAUAGGACCUUAUAUCACCUCUGAUGCAUGCAGUUAAUGUUAGUUUUCCUAUAACAACAGUAAAUCAACAUUAGUUUUGUAUUCUCUUCCUAGAUUAUUGAUUUUUCUUUUUCCUUUUUUUGCCACUGUAUGAUCGCCAAAUAGUAAACAUAUAUUAAGAUGAAAACUUUUAUGGACACAGUAGAAUGUUUAUCAUUAUUGGAUAGAAGGUGGAGGCCUAAAGCAAAAAGUAGAUGUCUGAAAAUGGUGUCUACACUAUAUUAUUGUGUAAACUAAAUUAUAGAGUAGUCCAACAAACUGCUGAACUUAAAGUACUUUUCAAUUUGUAAUUAUAAUAAAAUAAAACCUCAUUUGGAUGAACAGCAAAUUCAGAGCAAGGCAAGUGAUUCAAUUUUCUAAUCUUUAAAGUACAUAUACAAGGAAUCAUGAAAAACUGUACUUUAUAAACAUUUCAGUGUUACUGAGGAAAAGUUUACCUCACUUCCAAGCAUUUCAACUGUGUAGAAGAAAAUACAAAGCUGCUUGAGACUGUUUUAGCAAACUGAACAUAACUGAAUCUCAUACAGCAUAGAUACAAUCAUUUGAUGCCUGUUUAACAGGUCACAAUUAGGUAAUUUUUGAAGUAAGAAAUAAAGAUCUGUAAAGGGCGUCUCCUCCAUCUUUUAAAUAUCCAUGCCAACUAACCAGAGUUUUACUUCUGCUUGAAAGUCUAUGCAAAUUAGCUUUUCAGUUUAUAUUCUUUAUAUCAGUUUUACAAAGCUCCUCUGUUUUGUUCUUGUAAAUGCAAAACUUUUCAAUCAUUGUGCAACAUUUACAGACAGUGUUGCCUAUCACUGAAUGUUGACAAGCCAAAGCCUAAAGACAGAUCACUUUGUGCCUUUUGUCGGGGCUGCUGUGUUGUUCAGUUAGUCAGUGUUUCGCUGGGCAACUGUCUCACAAUAUGUAAUUAUACUUGCAGAAAUGUAAUCCUUAAAUUGUUUAGUUUUCAAUAUUUUGUUUACAUUUGCUUUCAUAGUGUCCUUUACUGGUGUGUAUGUUAUACAGCCAGUAGAGGGCUCUUGGCUCACAUCAAGUGCCAUUUCUUAUGCCUAUGUGAUUGUUUGCCUGCUGACUUGGAGUUUGGCAUGAAAUGGAAUAUCUAUUGCACUAACACCACUUUUGCAAUUAUCCUUAUAACAUGAUGAUUAAAACUGAAUGGAUGUCUUUUUAGUUUUCUAACAUUUUAUUUGAUAGUUCCAGUGUCUCCAGAGAUUUACAAACAACCACUACUCAUUUCAAUAAAAACAUUUUGGCAUAUUA